AGAAGAUUGUCUGGUUUCGAUCACUUUCUGAUCAGUACUCUGCUUCCACUCUCUCGCUAAGCUAAGAUCUAGGUUUUGUGGCAUUGUGUGUGUGUUGUUGUUGUGGGAAGGUACGGAUAUGGAGAAGGCGAGAGAACACAUAGAAGAGAUACGUAGAAAAAAGUUUUCAAUCGGAGGGGAACCGAACCCAUUGACGGAGGAUCUUCACCAGGCCGUCAGGAACCUCUCUGCUGAACUUUAUGCCAAGGAUGUCCACUUUCUCAUGGAGCUCAUUCAGAAUGCGGAAGAUAACGAUUACCUGGAGGAUCAUCCACCAUCGCUUGAGUUCGUCAUAACUUCCGAGGACAUCACGGCCACAGGAGCUCCAGUGACAUUGCUGAUUUUCAACAAUGAGAAAGGUUUCUCCCCUAAGAACAUAGACUCCAUUUGCAGUGUUGGUCGCUCCACCAAGAAAGGCAACAGGAAACGCUGUUAUAUUGGAGAAAAAGGAAUUGGGUUCAAGAGUGUCUUUCUAGUUACUUCUCAGCCGUAAAUAUUCAGCAAUGGAUAUAAGAUACGGUUCAAUGAAGAGCCUUGCCCACAUUGCAAUCUUGGGUACGUAGUUCCUGAAUGGGUGGAGGAGAAUCCAACUCUUUCUGACAUCAGAAAAAUAUAUGGUGCUACCACUCUUCCAACGACAACAAUAGUCUUACCUCUGAAGCCUGAUAAGGUCCAACCUGUGGUGCAGCAGCUCUCAAGCAUUCAUCCUGAAGUUCUGUUGUUCCUUUCGAAGAUAAAACAACUUUCUGUCAGGGAACAUAAUAAGGAUCCUAGGCUCAAUACCGUAAGUGCAAUAGCCAUUACAAGUGAGACUAAUUUUGUAACAAGGAAGAACAUCGAUGCUGAGUCUUACACACUCCCAUCUCUUGGCGGAGGAAAAGGCUACGGGGUCCGAAAGAGGAUGCAGCUACUAUAUGUGGAAGCAGAAGUUUCCUGUCAGGCAAGAAAACAAAGUGGAAAGAAGAAUGGAUGUAGAACAGUUGGUGAUCACGUUGGCUUUUCCCAUUGAAGAGCGUCUCAACAGAGGGAUGAGCUCACCUGGGGUCUAUGCAUUUCUUCCCACAGAGAUGGUCACUAACUUUCCCUUCAUAAUCCAGGCAGAUUUUCUUCUUGCAGCAUCAAGGGAAACAAUCCUCUUGGACAACAAGUGGAACAAAGGGAUUCUUGCAUGUGUGCCCUCUGCUUUUAUCGACGCUUUGGUCUCGCUAAUCAAAAAUUCAGAAAAUGCUCCAGUAUCUAGUUUGGCUCCCAUGUUCAAGUUCAUUCCUGUCAACACCUCUUCUUAUCAAGAGUUGAAUAUCGUGAGGGAGUCGAUCAAAGCAAAGCUCAUCGAAGAAAAUAUUGUUCCAAGUGAGUCGUACACAAAGCAGAAAUUUUUUCAUAAACCUCGCGAAGUUGGUAGGCUUAUGCCUGCUUUCUGGAGCAUAUUGGAGAAGGCAUGGAAGCAAGAGGUGAGCUUGUUUAAUCUCUCAUCCCAUGGAAAGUAUAUUUUGAGUUCUUCAUUUGAUAAGGAGGAGUAUGAUCACAUAUUGAAUUUCUUGGGAGUGGAACCAGUCAACAAUGAAUGGUACGCAAAGUGCAUCCAGAGUUCUAAUCUUGUUGCAGGAGUUUCAGAGGACUUGCAUUUAGAGAUCUUACUAUUUGUUGCUGAUAAUUGGAUGUCCAAAUUUGACUGUACCAACAUGAAGAACAUAGCACUAUAUAUAAAGUAUGUGGGUCUUGAUGGGGAUGAGUCUUUGUGCAGUAUAAAUGAAUGCACACACCGGAACCGAGAGAGGUUGGUGUCCUUAUCACGUCAGUAUGAUCAGGUGUCGUGGCUGGUUGAUUGUAGCAAGGAAUUCAGAUGUGUGGGAAAUCGUUUUUUUUCUGCCAAAAAGCACACAAGAAGCUAUAUUCUCCAACUCUAAGAGAGUGACCUUGUGGGAAUGGCUUCGAGAUCAUGUGCAGAUUUGUUUUGUGACUGUAUAUGACUAUGCAGUUCACCUUAAUAGUUCUCUCCAUAAUGACCGGAAGCUUGCUGUUGCCUUUGUUCACUUCUUAUAUCACUCUCUCUCAAAGAAUCAUCUUACAAAAGGGGAAGUGGAUAAUUUGUGUGGCAUUAUGCCACUCGUAGAUAACAAUGGGAAUAUAAGCACACAAAGGGAAGGCUACAUUGAGCUAGCAGAAGACUACUUACAGCCAGUUCGUUUUGCAGGUGAAUUUACUUCUGGAGAACAGCUCUUAAAGUUCCUUAAACUCAUGUUGCAGCUUCUGAUAUCCCUUGACCCUUAUAUAUCCCUUAUAUGAUGACAGAUCUAGAGGAGCUAUAUAUGAGGAAUUUAAUUUGGAAUAGGGUCGUAUCUAUUUCAAGUGAGAUUAAAACGUGUCAUUUUAUAUA